AUGUGGAGGAAUAUCUUGGGUCAAGUUGUGUAUCAGAUUGCUGUCGUUUUGGUAUUACUCUUCGAGGCCGAUUCGAUUUUUGGUAUAGAAUAUGUCACGGUAAGGAACAGCUUGAUCUUCAAUGCUUUCAUGCUCUGCCAAGUUUUUAAUGAAUUCAAUGCAAGAAAUCUGGAGAAUAUUAAGAGCGUGUUUAAAGGAAUACACAGGGACAUACCGUUUCUACUUGUUAUUGCAGUAACCAUUUGUGUUCAGAUGGUAUUUGUGGAAUUUCUUCUGUACCAUGACAGGGAUUAUUUUGAGAGGUUGGAGUUGAGGGAAUGGAGUAUAUGCUUUGGAUUUGCUGUCAUUUCUUGGCCUAUUGAUUGGAUCGUCAAGUACAUACCUGUUCGGGAGAAAUCGGACGUGGACGAGGCCUGA